ACGUGGUUUUGUUUAGUACGUAUUUCCUAUCAGAGGAUUUGGGGAGUGGCAGCAGGUUAUAUUAAACGUGUCUGGUUAUUUCAGUAAAGCUCUGGGACUUUAGAUUAAACAUUUUAUCUACUUUUGCCAAAAAAAAGAUGACCAAGACAAAAAAAACCCAGUUAUGCGGAGGGACCGGUGAGGAGAAGGAAGCAAAUGAAGAAGUGCAGAAAAUCUGUGAUGAGAUGAAGUCACAUGCAGAGGAAAAAGCUGGAAGGACAUUUGAUGUCUUUACUGCUAAAUCUUACAAGACACAGGUGGUAGCUGGGACAAAUUUCUUCAUCAAGGUCCAUAUAGGUGGUGAGGAGUUUGCUCACCUGCGUGUCUAUAAGAUGUUGCCUUUUGCAGGAGGAAAAUUGGAACUUCAUGGAAUACAGAUCCCCAAAGCCCAACAUGAUCCCAUUGAAUACUUUGAAAUUACUUUUGAAAUGAUACAGUAAUAACGCUUACAAACAGGGCGGUUAUUGAAAGGUUACAUAUGGAAUAUCAUCUGCUUAAAGCUGACAAAGUUGUAUUUUCUGAACUGACAAGAAAUUGAAGCUUCUUCAGAUAAAUAAAGAAGGCAUUGUUAAAUA